AUGAAACUCCACGUGGCACCUCUCCUGGUCAUCUUCUGGCUUGGCGUCUUCGCUGUGCACACAGUGAGAGGGAGCAUUGGAAGUCAGUCCAUGUCCAGGCUCAGUUGUGUAACUCUGUCUACACAGCAACUGAACAUCCGAAACCUUAUCAGCUAUGAAAAGCAAGAAGCUCCAGUAAAGGCCAUCAUGUUUAUCAAGAAAGAUGGUAUCAAGGUCUGCGUGAGCCCUGAUCAGAAAUGGGUGAAGACUGCCAUGAAGAAAAUAGAUCAGAAACAGACCACCAAACGCAAAGAAUCCCAUUCUAAGCAAGCAUCUAAGGCCAACUGA